UUAAGUCACUGGCUCUAGUGGAUCACGUGACUCUACUGGUUGUGAUGGCUUCCUUCGCUUACUGUGACUACACGCUUUGAGAAAAACAUGGGCUUCUGCGUAUUCCUGCGUCAAACCGACGAGUGUCCUCUCAGUAAUACCCUUCAUAUUAGUGGAGGCAGACACAGCGUGAUAAAGAAAAGAGGAAAGGCGCUGAUCUGGAGAAGAAGCCGCGAUGUUUCUGUUUCAGUUACCCGAGGAUGUGCUCUUCCUCGUCCUGUCCUACCUGGAUCCCAGAUCGCUCUGCCGCCUCUCUCAAGCGUGCAAGAGAAGCUACAUGUUCAUCUCCAGAGACGCUGUUUGGAGGAAAAUAGCUAAAGACAUUAUUAACUCUGGCUUGACGCGACAAGGAAUAGAUUUGUGUCCUUCUAUUCCUCUUAAGGACAGAGUGAGGGUGUCCCACAACUGGAUCCAUGGAGUCUGUCGUAAAGAAGUCCUUUUAAAAUGGAAAAUUAACUUGUUGCCGUGGAUACAGCUGGACUGUGAUGUGCUGUAUCUCUCUCAGGCAGCAAACAUCAGUGCGUACCAUCUGAGAGCUGAGGGAGGAAAGUUAAAGAACAAUCGAGUGGCCCUGUUCUCGGGACACCAAGAAGAUGUGUGCAGAUUCACUCUGACAGACACACACCUUAUCAGUGCAGGAGGUGAUGGUAAAAUAAUUGUUCAUGACAGAGGAAGUGAUUACUCUGUGGAGUAUUAUGGUCACAAUCAGGAGGUGAACUGCAUUGACUGUAAAGGGGGUGUGAUAGUCAGUGGCUCCAGAGACAAGACUGCAAAGAUUUGGGCUCUGAGUCCUGAUCGAUUUGGAAAAUGCUUACAUACAAUCCCCACAUACGACAGAGUGUGGUCGGUGGCCAUCAGUCCAUCUCUAUGCAACUUUGUGACAGGAACAGCCUGCUGUGAGAAUUUUGCUCCUCUUCGAAUCUGGGAUACAGAAAGGUGUCACCUGGUUUCGUGUCUCGGUACAGAGUUCCGCCGUGGCGCAGGUGUGUUGGACAUCGCCUAUGAGUCUCCCUUCCAGCUCCUCACCUGUGGAUACGACACAUUCAUCCGCUAUUGGGAUUUGCGCGUCUGCUCCAGGAAGUGUGUGAUGGAGUGGGAGGAGCCUCAUGACAGCGCUCUUUACUGUAUAAAGACAGACAAGAAUCACAUGAUUGCCAGCGGUUCAUCAUACUACGGAGUAGUCCGCCUUUGGGACAAACGGCAAACCCGCUGUUUACAGAUGUUCCAGUUGGCACCCGCCACCAGCAGCCCAGUGUACAGCCUGUGCUUCAACACCACUCACCUGUACGCUGCCCUGGCCUCUGUCCUCUACUCCCUUGACUUCAGAACUGCAGCAUCCCAGUCCUGGAAAUAACCAUCCGUUAAUGUUGCUUGAGACUUUAAGGCUCGUUCUUCAUCUCCUCCAAGCUCUUAGUGAUGGUCUUAGACCGGGAGUCUCCAACCCUGCUCCUGGAGAGCUGCCGUCCCACAGAUUUCAGCUCCAACCCCAAUCAAACACACCUGAACCAGUUAAUCAAGGUCUUCAAGGCUACUUGUUAAAUUCAGACAGGUGUGUUGGAGCAGGGUUGGAAAUGAAAUCUGCAGGACGGUAGCUCUCCAGGAGCAGGGUUGGAGAUCCCUGUCUUAGACCCUUAAAUGGGGAAGUAGCCAUCUUGCCUUUGAAUGAUCAGUGCAGCUAAUGAUACAGUUAUGGCCUAGUGGAUAUUUCCCCUGUCACAGGCUCCUGAGAGCAAGCAGGGUUCACGACCUUCUGUGGCCCGAGUCUUAACGGACUUAACACAUUGCCAGCGACCUCUGAGAUGUCUAAACCAAACACUGCUCAGAGCUGCCAACAUCCACUGAGUUGAUGUAUGCUAAACCACAGCACAUAUGAUAAUAGAUAUAUUGUAACUAAAAGUAUAUUUUUCCAACAAUGAGCCAAUUAAACGUGUUUUGUUUUGUUUUCUUUGUA